AUGACCGAGCUGAUUCAGUUCGAUACUUACCAAGGCCCAGCAAACAUGUACAACUUCUAUCCGCUGUACAACCCGUCUGCUGACGCCCUUACCCCAGGCACCACCUACUACUCUUCUGACCAGAAGUACUACUACAGCCAUUCCUCUUCUGAGAAAAUUCCGGUUUCUGAGCUGAAAACGAAGAUUUCCUUUGUUCCAGCUGCUUUGGCCGCGAAGAAGACGCCAGCGGUUGAGGAAUUCAAGAGGAAAAUCCACGAAAAGGCUAGAGAGUAUAAGAAGAAGAAGGAACAGGAGGCUAAAGUAAAAAAGGCACUGUCUGCCAAGGCAGUCAAGGCAGUCAAUCCAGCAAAGGUUGCCAAGGUUAUCGAGGCAGUCGAAGCUGCUAUUGCUGUUACUGCAGCUCCCGAGGAGCCUGCAAAGACUGAAGCCCCCGAAGUGGUGCCAGAGGAGAAGACCCCAGUUACUGAACCAACAGCUGUUGAGCCAGUAGCUGAAGCUCUUCCAGUUGAGGCCCCAAUUGAGGCUCCAAUUGUGGAGAUUAUUGGUGUCCCAGAUACCACUGAGACUGACCCAACCGAGGCUGUCUCCAAUGCUGCUCCUACUGAGCAGAACGACACUGUCGAAGAAAAGGUUGAAGAGACUACUGGUGAAGAUGAGUCUAUGGAGAAGGCAGUUGACCUUUCUUCUUUCUUCGACAGAUUGUCCAAGUGUAAGACCAUUGAGGAUCCUUUCACUUUCCCUUACCCAUACCCACAGGCUGGUGUUGAUGCUAGAUUGAAGGCUGGUGAGAAGAAGCAUAGAUACGACACGCAGUUUUUGCUUCAGUUCCAGGAGUCAGUUGUAUAUCCAGCUGAUGACGCUUGGAAGAAGAAGCUUGAGGGAUUGGGUAUGGUGGCCACCAAGGAGUCCAUCCCAAGUGGUCCUCGCCAUGACAACACUCAAGGCAGAAAGACCUACAAGUUUGAGAGAAGAACUCCUAAGGUGGAAACCCCAAAGGAAAGCUCUUUGAAGGUCCCAGAGGAGAAGGAGGAGACCACCGCUAAGCCUGUUGAAGAUGUCAAGCCAUUGGUUCCUUCUGCCAACAGAUGGGUUCCUAGAUCUAGACAGAAGACCACCCAGGUCAAGACUGCUCCUGAUGGCACUGUUCUUCUUGACAAGGAGGAUGUGGAGAGAAAGGUCAAAUCUGCAUUGAACAAGUUGACAUUAGAGAUGUUCGAGCCAGUUUCCAACCAGAUGUUGGACAUUGCCAAGCAGUCCUGUCACGAAGAGGAUGCUGCUACCCUUAAACAGGUUAUCUCUUUGACAUUUGCCAAGGCCUGUGACGAGCCACACUGGUCGACUGUCUACUCCAAGUUCUGUGCAAAGAUGGUGAAGGAUAUCCCUGAUGACAUCAAGGAUGUUGGUAUGCCUACCAAGACUGGUGAACCUACUGUUGGUGGUGCUCUUGCCAGAAGACUCUUGUUGCGUACUUGUCAGACUGAGUACGAAAAGGGCUGGGUUGACAAGCUCCCUACCAACCCAGACGGUUCAGCUUUGGAGCCAGAGAUGAUGUCUGACGAGUACUACGCCAUGGCUGCUGCCAAGAGAAGAGGUCUUGGUUUGCUCAAGUUUAUUGGUAACUUGUACAUUUCGAACUUGUUGAACGACAAGGUUAUUUUGCAUUGCUUGAGAGACCAGUCCAAGAAUGUCACCGACCCAUCAGAAGACUCAUUGGAGAACUUGGCCCAGUUGAUCAAGACUGUUGGCCCAAGGUUCGAAGCAUGCCAGAGAAACAAGGCUGCGUUGAACAUGGUUUUCGACAAUGUCCAGAGUAUUUUGGACAGCUGCAAGCUUUCAUCGAGAAUCAAGUUCAUGUUGAUGGACUUGCAGGACUUGAAGAAGAGCAACUGGAAGUCUCUCAAGCAAGAGGCUGGUCCAAAGACCAUCAAGGAGAUUCAUGAUGAGGCUGAAUUGAAGAAGAUGGAGAAAAGCAAGGCUGCUGAGAAGAAGAGAGGUAGCAGCUACGGUGGAUCCAACUACACCAGAGGUGGUGCUCCAGUGAAGAAGUUGAGAGCACCUACCAGGGAAUCAAGAGAUUUCCAAACCAUGCCCAAGUCUAACAGACGUACCACAGACUCUGGUGCAUCCCGCCUGCCUCCAAGAAAGAGGGCCAAGGGAACAGGUUUCAUGGCAUCGAACAUUUUCGCUGCCUUGGGUGGCGACGAGUAA